GAGAGUGCCGGAGAAGUCCUUGCCAAACUUCCAGAACAGUGAAAAGGAUUGCAAGAGAGCCGGUUGCAAUCAGAUUUGGGGUCUCCGUAGCGCUGAGAAGGAAGUCUACUCAUCACCCCCUUGCUCCUGACUUGGGACCUAGCAAAUCUUCCAAAAAUCAGGGAGCUUGAUCAGGAUAGCCUCAGAGACUCCCAAGCCCGUCUCAAAGGAGAGUUUUGCACUCCAUCCUACCCCCCUAGCCAGCUGCACCAAAAGGGGCGUCUGGAUUUCCCCCUACUAGUGGCAGACUGGAGCGUAACCUCAUCAGACGGCACAGGGACUACCUUUGGCUAAUCUGGCUUUCCAGGAAUUCAGGUCCUCCUAACCAUGCUCUGGUUUCCGCUCCUGCGGGUAACGCUAGUUCUGGGCCUUGGGGGGACAGCCUCGGCACUCUCUACCUGCCAAACGUUGGACCUGGAGGUGGCCCGGGCCCGGCGGGUUCAGGCAGUGCGAGGGCAAAUCCUGAGCAAGCUGCAGAUGUUGGCGCCUCCUGAAGAAGAGCAAGGGGUGCCCGACCAACCACCCCCCGAGGUGAUGCUGCUGUACAACAGCACGCGGGAGCUGACACGAGAGAGAGCGACGUGUGACGGGCGGAGCAGCAGCGAGGAAGAGGACUACUAUGCCAAAGAAGUGCGGCGGGUGGACAUGUUGCCCCCCGGUCAUGCUGACAACACCAUCGCAAGCACCCAGCCCAGUCCCUUCUUCCGCCUUCUGCGCUUCGAUGUCUCCGGAGCCGAACACUGGCAGCUUCUCAUUCCAAGCCGGCGAUUUACUUGGGUCCUACCCGGAGUGCGAAUCCCGGUGCCACGAGCCGCAGAACUUGGGGUGGAGCUAUACCAGCAUCCCAAGAGUCUGAAAUCCAGCAGGUAUGUUUUCCCCCAGCAUUCAAUGCCAAGGGAAACGGCACCCACCAGCCGAAUAUCUGCCACACCGUGUUAUAAGCCCAGCACUUUUUGCAAGCUGAAUGAAGGAGAUCGGGCCGAGUGGGUGUCGUUUGACGUCACUGAUACUGUCAGCCAGUGGCUGGAUAAAAGAGGCCGUCGAGCAGCCAAUGCCCCUACCUGUACCAGGAGUGCAGAUCAGGGGGUUAGUCUCCGCACCCUGUAUAUUGAUUUCCGCAAAGAUCUGAAGUGGAAAUGGAUCCACCAACCAAAAGGCUACAAGGCGAAUUUCUGUGCAGGGACCUGUCGUUAUGUAUGGAGCACGGACACACAGUACAACAUGGUGCUGCCUUUGUUCAACAAGCUUAACCCCGAAGCCUCAGCCGCCCCCUGCUGUGUCCCCCAUGAACUGGAGCCCUUGACCAUCCUGUACUACGUCGGCCGUUCUCCCAAAGUGCAGCAGCUCAGCAACAUGGUCGUGAAGUCUUGCCGUUGCCGCUGAGGACGCUGGGAAGUUGGACUCAUUCUGGGCCACGACCUGAAAAGCUUGGAGGGGGGGACCCUGGACCCUCCCAUGACCUUUCUCCACCCACCAGUAAGAGGUUCUACCAUUUUCUGCCGGCCCAGCCGACUGACAAGCGAUUUCCCCUCCUGUUGUGGUUCGUUCCCCACUACCACCAUCGCCAACAACAACAAAGGACUCUUCCAUCUUUGUUUUUGCCUGGAUAAUCUGAAGAACAGAAUCCUAAGGUUGCCUCUGGCUUGUUCUCCAUCAGAUGGAAACAGCAAAAUACUCUGGGACUGAAGGCUGCCUGGGCCGCCUAACCUCAUUUAUGUAGGGCCUGUGUUCAUUCGCUCUGUGGUGAGAGAAUGGCGCUCGGCACAUGCUCAGAGACCUCUUUAUUAUCCCUCCGUUUGUUUCUAGCGUGCACGUGGGUCCUGGGGCUACCUCCCUGGAGAGCUGCAGUAUGAACUAAGUCCUGUGCGCAUGACAGAGAACCAUCCCAAAGGGAUCUAUGCCAGGCAGUGUUCAGUUUCCUUCACAGGAAGUCACACGGUAGCCCUCGGGGGCAUAGCCACACACACAUACAUAUAUCCCAGACCAAGUGCCUGUCGAAGGUUUGGCACUGGGGAGGUGAGUGCAAACAGAGGGCAGCCUGGCAGGCAGAGAAGCAAGUUGCUGGACAAAGGGUCCCUUGACAGGGAACAUGGGAGACAGGGCACCAAGAGAAACAAGGCUGUG